CAAAUAAAAAAUAAAGUCAAAGUCAAACUGAUGUGAUGUCAUGUCAUGAAGCUUUACGUAGAAUAUUAAAAUCUCGGAGGUUAUUUAUGCGGUCAAGCAUAUUUUUACUAAAAUACUAAAUCGAAAGCUUUUCUUAUUCCAUGUUAUCACAUAUUUUGAAAAGAAAUAUGUCUCAGAGUAUUACUUUAAAAUUAAUUAACAAUGCCGAAGUAGCUGACAAAAAAAUAGUUGAUUUACGAUACAAGCUUGAGGAGGUGAAGAAAAUCAAAAUACAAGAAAAAAUUAAAGAUCUCACUCGAGAAAAUGAAGUUUUAUCAGUUAAAGUACAGCAAGCCCGAAAUGAACUUAUCAGACUUGAAACUCUUAACGGUAAAAAACAAUACCCAAUUCCUGGUAAGAUUAUUACAAAUACAGUUGAUACAUCACCUUUGAAAAUUGAAGUUAAUGAAGAAAAAGUUCAGAAACAGAGCAAGAAGAAAGAAAAAGAGCCAGUUAAAAAAAUAAAGGAAAAAUCAAAUGAAACUAUUAGUGAUGUAGUGGAUAUACGAAAACUAGACUUUAGAAUUGGGAAAAUUAUAGAAAUAAAUAAACAUCCAGAUGCAGAUACUCUCUAUGUAGAGAAAAUAGAUUGUGGUGAAGAAAGUCCAAGGACAGUUGUAUCUGGUUUAGUCAAUCAUGUACCCAUAGAGGAAAUGCAGAACCGAGUUGUCAUGGUUCUUUGUAACUUGAAGCCAGUUAAGAUGCGAGGCAUAAUUUCAGAGGCUAUGGUUAUGUGUGCUUCAUCUCCAGAUAAAGUUGAAGUAUUAAUACCACCAAGUACAGCAAUUCCAGGAGACCUUGUCACUUGUGAAGGAUAUCCUAGAGAGCCAGAAGUCCAACUGAAUCCAAAGAAAAAGAUUUUUGAAACUUGUGUGCCAGAUCUAAAAACUAAUAAUGAAAAAGUUGCCUGUUAUAAGGAUAGUCCAUUAAUUGUUGCUGGAAAGGGAGUAAUUGUAGCUUCAACACUAAAAGGUGUUAGUGUUAAAUAAUGAUAGUAAGGUUAUCAUGAAAUAAAAAUAUUAAAAUUAA